AUGGCGCCACGAACAUCUAUCGAAGAGUUCAAGCAGCUCUUAAAUUCUAGCAACAGGGUCCUGGCUCUCUGUGGUGCCGGUCUAUCAGCAGCAUCUGGACUCCCAACCUUUCGCGGUGCUGGCGGUCUAUGGCGCAAUCAUGAGUCCACUUCCCUCGCUACCCCAUCAGCCUUCAAAAAAGACCCAGCACUUGUUUGGUUAUUCUACGCAUGGCGUAGACACAUGGCCCUAAAGGCGAAUCCCAACCGUGGCCACUAUGCCCUUGCCGAGCUAGCCAAGAAGAAGGAUAACUUCCUAUGCUUGACUCAGAACGUUGAUGGCUUGUCACCACGCGCUGGACAUCCUGAAUCUAAGCUUCGACUCCUUCAUGGGAGUAUCCUUGAUAACAAAUGCUUCAACGACGAUUGCGACUACAUCGACCGGAAUAAUCUAAGCGACCCCGUGUGCCCGGCUCUCGCUUCCGCCGCUGAGGACUAUCCGCCUGGUCAGACUCUUCCUUUACUCGAUCCUAGCGUCCCCGUACCGCCCAUCAAGGUCGAGGAUCUCCCGCAUUGCCCGAAUUGCAAGACGGGCUUACUCCGACCCGGCGUUGUUUGGUUCGAAGAACCUCUCGACGAACAGAUGCUCACAAAUGUUGACAGCUGGAUCUGGCAAGGACGUAUCGAUAUUAUGCUCGUGAUUGGAACGGCGGCUGUCGUCUAUCCUGCUGCAGGCUAUGCGCACCAGGCUGUAAAACAGGGAGCUAUUCUUGCAGUAGUGAAUCCUGACCCGGACUCAGCAGAAGGCCUAUUGGAGGAAGAUUUCUUCUUUCAAGGAGACGCUUCUGAACUCCUACCGAAACUCUUCGAGGGUGUUAUCGGGAAGAUGGAUGAGAACGGGAAGGUCCUGUAA